AUGAAAGCUAGAUAUAACACCAGUCUACUUGAAAGUGCAAGAAUAAUGACUUCUUUGCUGUUUAAUAAGCCGAUUGUAUCAUCAGUGAAUGCACCUAUUCCCACAAGGGAUCUUCUUUCCAGACUUCAAACUCUUCUGGAUGAGCUUUCUGCAAUAGAUCAAGAUGCGAUCGAAAAAUCCGAUUUGAUGGCGGUGAAGGAUGACUUGGUAAACCGUAAACUAUUGAAGCACUCCAACGUCGGAGUGCAAGCUUAUGUAUGCUGCUGUAUAGCUGAUAUUUUAAGGAUAUGUGCACCAGACGCUCCGUUCACUGGAAUUGAGUUGUCGACCAUUUUCAAAACUAUGUUCCAACAAUUCAAGAAAUUGAAUGAUCAGGAAAAUCCGUACUUCCAACAACAAGCAUAUUUGCUUAAAAUAUUAUCUGAAUUUAGAUCCAUUAUAUUGAUAACAGAUCUACCAGAUAGUGAAGCAAUGAUUCUGCAGACUUUUGAUAUAUUAUAUGAAUUAGCUUCAAGUAAAAAUUUCCCAACUAAGUUGGAACCUUUGGCCAGUAAUAUCUUGAGCGAAAUUAUACUGGAGAGUGAUAAUAUUUCAAAUUCAGUAUUGAAGAAAAUACUCAAUAAAUUGAUAACCAAAGAUAUAGCAAGCUCUUCUGACUCGCUUGGGUUAGUUGGUGGGAAAUCAAAUAUCUCUAAUCCUGCCUUCAACUUUUCAGUAGCAAUUUGCGAAGCAAACGUGGAUCGGAUGUCAAGACAAAUUGCUAAAUUGUUUUCCGAAAUGUUAUAUGAAGCAAAGGAUAAGGAUGUAAUUGACGGUGAUGAUCGAAUCAAGUCUUCUUUGUUAAUUGAAAAUUUGAAAAAAAUCCAUAGAAUUACCAUUCAAAUUUGGAGGUUUAUUCCCGAAAUGCUUAUUUCAUUAAUUGGGUUAAUUGAUGAUGAGUUGAAAGCAGAGGAUGAAAAGAUACGAGUUUUAGCUACCGAAACUAUCGGUAAGAUUAUUGGUAGUACAAGUGGUGGCUCUAUAGUACACAAGGUGAAUUUUAUUGUGACACACAGAGAUAUAUGGCUAAAUUGGAUUAAGAAGACGCUAGAUGUAUCACCAGUUGUCAGAUGUAAAUGGGUGGAACAAGUACCACAUAUCGUGGAAGCCUAUGUUCUGGAGAAUUCAUCCGCUAACCCUAGCUCAAGUACUAGCUUGGGGGGUUCUGAAGCACUCAAUGAAAUUGUGAAAGGUCUAUUGAAAUGUUUACUAGAUACAGAUGAGAGGGUGAGAUUCACUGCUGUCAAGUCAAUUGAUAAAAUUUCUUUCAGUUCCUUUAUGAGUAAAAUAUGUGACGAUAAAAUAUUAACUACACUCUUCCAACUACUUCGUGAGAAGAACCCCGAUAUCAGAAAUCAAGUAAUGAAAGUUUUGUCGAGUGUGUACAAUGAAUAUUCAAUUCAAAUGGCAGAUGGUACUUUGGGUAAGACUAAUGGACAUGACUCUAUAAUAUUUGAAAUUCCCAAUCAAAUACUUUCAUUGAUUUAUAUUAAUGAUUUAAGUAUUACAUCAACGGUAGAUACUGCAAUCUUCGAACAAUUGUUACCCUUCGAAACAAAUGAUAUCAAACGUGUGGAUAGACUAAUGGAAACAUAUUCUAAAUUGGAUUCUAAGAGUAAAAGUUCCUUCUUGGCUAUAAACAAAAGACAGAGACAAAUUGCUGGAGUCUUAGAGAAAUUUCUAGACUUGGCUAGUAGUUUGGCAAAACUGCAACAGGAACAAGGAGAUAGUGAUGACAAAGAAAAUCAAGCUUCAUUAGUAACGAAAUUAGACAAAACAAUUGAUUGGUUAUGUCAGACUUUGCCAGAUGGCUACAACUCUAGACAAUGUUUAGAAAGGUUUUACAAGUUGUCCAAUUUUAGGCUGUAUUAUCUCUUAAAAGUUGCUAUUUCUUAUGAUUCUGACUAUGUAUCAGUGAAAAAUUCGAUGAAAGAAUUGUUAACUAGACUAAAUAACCCAAAGAAUUUGAAAUUAGAGACGGAUAAGACAAACAUCUCCACAACUGACAUGAUAUCAAACUUCAAAUUGCUCAUGUAUAGGUCAUCCAUGAUUAUAUUUAGUAAGUCUAAUGUUGCUGAAUUGCUCAACUAUUCAAAGAGCAAAGACCAUCAACGGAGAGAAGUGGCUAAUGAACUAUUAGAAAAUAUUUCAAAUAUCGUUCCAGAAGUCUUCAAUAAUCAAGUUAAGGAUUUGGUGGACCUUCUUAAUAGAGAAGAAGAAGGAAACGAAUCCAUACUUAGAAUUAUCUAUCACUAUAUCCAUAAAAUACCUGAUGCUUUUCCUAAAAAUAUUGAGGGAUCUAAUUUUCAUGAAUCAUUGAAAGUUUUUGCGGUUAAUGGAAGUCCAGUUGAGGCAAAAUACUCUAUUAAAAUCCUUUCGUUAAGCAACAGUAAAGAGAUCCACUACACGAAUAUCUUUAAUUCAAUUUACCCUUUAAGGUUGGAAGGAAAUGAAAGGUUUGCAACUCAUUUAUCUACAAUUGCGGAAUUGUUCUUAAAGGAUCCUUUGGUAGUUGAGGAAAAGGCAACUGAUAUAACUAGUUUUCUUAUUAAGGAAGUCUUAUUGACAAAUAGACAAAGUGCUACAACAAACGAUGACAAAGAUUUCAAUGAUGUUUGGAAUAUUCCAAUUCUUAAUGAAAAAAUCUUAUCAUUAAGAAUAUUUACGAACAGGCUAAGAUCUUCUACUGCUAAUGAAGACAUCACAACUAUAUGUCAGCCUGUCUUGAAAUUAUUUGUAUCGCUUAUAGGAAAUGGAGGGGAGAUUGUUAGUGAUAAUUCCACUCCAAAUCAAUUCCAAAGCUAUUUAAGACUUUAUGCUGGAUUUUACAUCCUCAAGUUGGCAAAGAUUUCACUUUUCAACGACAUUUUAACUCAAGAAACUAUCAAUAGAUUGAUAUACUUAUUGCAGGAUUCUAAUGCAGAUGUCAGAGGCAAAUUUUUAUAUAAAUUGGAACACUACUUGUCUGAAGAGUCUAUCAGUGAACGGUUUUUACCGUUGAUUUUCUUUAUGGCACAUGAACCGAGCUCUGAUUUGAAACUGAGAGCUGAGGUAACCAUCAAGUCAAUGUACAAAAGGCAUUCAACUGCUAACAUUAUUAAAUUUGAGGCAUCCAUUCUGAGACUAAUUCACAUGAUUAGUCAUACUUCUGAGUUUAAACAGCUUAUAGAAGGUGAUAAUCAAGAUGAACAUAUUAAGGCAUACUCUUAUGCGCUGGAAUAUCUUGUAUUUUUUUUAAGGGCUAUCGCAAAACCUGAAAAUGUCUCGUUACUUUACUAUUUUGCUAGUAGAGUGAAGCAAUACAGAGAUGCAAGUAUAAGUGACGAAAUUUAUGAAAGAGGAACUCUGGUUCAAACUGCAAACAAUUUGUACUGUGUUUCUGAAUUGGCUCAAUUAAUCAUUAAAGAAUUUUGUGAACUUCGUGGCUGGGCUAUGCAAACCUGGCCAGGCAAAGUGAAACUAGCCAAUGACUUGUUUGCGCCAAUGAAGAGUACUCAGGAAGCACAUGCUAUUAUUACUAAGGUAUAUAUAUCAGAUGAAAUCGUUCUGAAAUUGAAGCUCUUAUUGAAGUAUAAGCUAAUUGGCAAAAAGAGAAAAAGAGAAAGAAGUCAAAUAUCAAGUGCUGCACCCCACAAAAGAAGGCUGCAAAUUGGUACCAGUGUGAAGGUAGCCAAGAAAGGAAUGAAGAAGACUAAAAAUCCUGCAUUAACAGAACCAUCAAGAAAGAGUAACAGAAGUAAGAAGGAUGUGUUUUACGCUGAGAGUGGCUCUGAAGGGGACGACGACGACUUAGUUGGUGAUGAUGUAGAUAUUAGCAACUUUAGCUCGGACCCAUAG